AAAGAAGACUGUUUGCUCAUUGGGUAAGUUUUGCAAAAAUGCCGGUGAAAAAUAUAAUUAUUGCAAAAAAUACGUGAAAUUGUGUAGUAUUUGUGUUAUUUAUAGCAUUCAGUGACGCCAAACAGAAGAUAAAUUUGUGUAUAAUAUACAAUGCGUUUGGCAAUAUUUUUAUUAAUAUUUUGCAUAUUCGAAUAUGCUGUUGGAGUCGAUCCAACAAAUUUCAAAACAUGUGAACAGAGCAGCUUUUGCAGGCGAAGCCGUAAAAUACAACCUGGUAAUUCUAAAUUUGCAUUGGUGCCCGGUUCCAUGAACACCUAUGCAAAUUCAAUAACAGCAGAUAUAAUAAACAAAGAAACACAACAUUUGUUCAUUUUAAAAUUGGAAGCGUUGGUGGACAACAAAUUUCGUCUAUUGAUUGAUGAGAAAACUCCCUUGAAGCCCAGAUAUAAAGUCGAACAUGUUUUAGUCGGGGAACCACAAACUGAACCACUUGUCGUAGAGAAGGAGGACAAGACGGAAAUUGUCUUAAGCUCCGGCACCAAUAAAGCUGUCAUUGUUGCUGAUCCCUUCCGUGUUGAUUUCUAUGAAAAUGGCGCCUUGGUUGUAUCGGCCAAUGCCAAGGGUUUGAUGAAUUUCGAACAUUUACGUAAUAAGCCACAAACCAAUCCGGAUGGCAGUCAAAAUGAACAGGAAGGUGGCGGAGCAGCAGUUGCACCUCAGACACCAGAAGAUAGUGAUCCCGGAGCAUGGGAAGAAAACUUUAAAUCGCAUCAUGACUCGAAACCCAAUGGCCCCGAGGCGAUUGCCUUAGAUUUCUCCUUCCCUGAGGCGGAUGUCUUGUUCGGUAUUCCCGAACAUGCUGAUAGUUUCAUUUUGAAAUCUACAUCCGGAUCGGAUCCAUAUCGUUUGUAUAACUUGGAUGUUUUCGAAUAUAUUAUUGAUAGUAAAAUGGCUUUGUAUGGUUCGGUGCCGGUCCUCUAUGGCCAUGGUUCGCAACGUACGGCUGGUGUUUUCUGGCAAAAUGCUGCCGAAACCUGGGUUGAUAUUUAUUUGACCGAACAGAAUGUGGUAUCGUCGAUUGUGAAAUUGGUUUCGGGUUCACGUAAGGUUGAUCCACCAGCAGCUCAUUUCAUUUCGGAAUCUGGUGUUAUUGAUGCCUUUAUUUUGUUGGGUCCCAAACCCAUGGAUGCCUUCAAACAAUAUACCUCCUUGACCGGUGUAGGCAAUUUGCCUCAACUUUUCUCUUUGGCUUAUCAUCAAUGUCGCUGGAAUUACAAUGAUGCCAAGGAUGUGGAGACAGUAUCGACCAAAUUUGAUGAAUACGAUAUACCCAUGGACAUUAUGUGGUUGGAUAUUGAAUAUACAGAUGGCAAAAAAUACUUCACCUGGGAUCAGUUUAAAUUCCCCGAUCCCCUGAGCAUGAUUAAAAAUCUCACUGAUGUGGGCAGGCAUUUGGUGGUGAUCAUUGAUCCCCACAUUAAACGUGACAAUGGCUACUUCUUCCACAAUGAUUGUACGGAGAAGGGUUACUAUACCAAGCACAAAGAUGGCAAAGAUUAUGAAGGUUGGUGCUGGCCCGGAUCAGCAAGUUAUCCAGAUUUCUUCCGUCAAGAUGUGCGUGACUACUAUGCUGAUCAAUAUCUUUUGUCAAAUUUCAAAACGGUUACUUCCGACGUUAUGAUCUGGAAUGACAUGAAUGAACCUUCUGUAUUCAAUGGACCGGAAGUGACAAUGCCCAAGGAUUUGAUACAUCAUGGUGGCUGGGAACAUCGUGAUGUUCACAAUUUGUAUGGACAUAUGCAUAUUAUGGGUACAUAUGAGGGUCUACUUAGACGUGAUCCCAACCAGAGGCCUUUCAUUUUGACUCGUGCCCAUUUUGCUGGUUCGCAACGUUAUGCUGCCAUUUGGACUGGUGACAAUAUGGCCGACUGGGGACAUUUGCAACAUUCGAUCAAGAUGUGCCUAUCGGAAGCUGUGGCUGGUAUCUCAUUCUGUGGUGCUGAUGUUGGUGGUUUCUUUGGUAAUCCAGAUGCGGAGUUAUUUGAAAGAUGGUAUCAAACAGGUGCCUUCUUACCAUUCUUCCGUUCUCAUGCCCACAUUGACACUAAGCGCCGUGAGCCCUGGCUAUUCCCUGAGAAGACUCGCCUCAUUAUACGUGAAGCCAUACGCAAGCGAUACUCCUACUUGCCAUUGUGGUACACAAUGUUUUAUGAACAUGAGGUGGAUGGCAGCCCGGUUAUACGUCCUUUGUUGGCUCAUUAUCCAAAGGAUAAGGAUGGUUUUGCCAUUGACAAUGAGUUCUUGUUGCAAGAUCGCCUUUUGGUUAGACCUGUUAUGCAGCAUGGCGUCAGUAAGGUUGAUGUUUACUUCCCCGCUCUGGAUGAGAAGAAGACUGUGGGUGAUGUUUGGUAUGACGCAGAUAGCUAUCAGAAAUAUGAACGUGUUGGCAAGGAAACCAUUGCAGUUGAUGAAUAUAAGAUUCCCGUUUUCCAACGUGGAGGCUCGAUUGUACCCAAGAAGGAACGCAUACGCCGCUCAUCACCUCUAAUGAAAAAUGAUCCCUACACAUUGAUUGUGUGCUUGGAUCGCAAUGGUAAAGCUGAAGGUACCCUCUAUUUGGAUGAUGAGAAAUCCUUUGAUUAUCGCCAGGGCAAAUUCGUCUACAUCAACUAUAAGUUUGAUGGCAGCAAAUUGACCAACAACUUCGUUAAACCACCAAAUUAUGAUUCGAAAUCAUGGAUUGAACGUGUUGUCAUUGCUGGUUUGGAUCGCCAACCAAAGUCGGCUACCAUUACCAUUAAUGGCGUCACCGAGCAGCUGGAAGUUGUUGCCCACGAAAAGGCUUAUGUUAUACGCAAGCCUGGUGUGGCUAUACACAAAGAUUUUGAAAUUAAACUUAACUAUUAGGUUAAUAAACAAAUUUAGUGCAUAUUCAUCAUGUUGUCACUUGUUGCAAACAAGGACAGACAACUCAAAUAUUGUGAAUCGCAUCCCACCCUCCCCCUCUAUCUAUGUAUCGACAUUAUGUUCGUCUACUAAAGACAUUCUUCGUUAAAAUCCCAAUUUUUUACAUUUUAACAUUUAUUUUUAAUUUAUGAUUUAAAACAAAAAAAAAAACAUUGUAUUUUGGGAUGCAUGAUGUGAAAAAGAAAAACAACAAAAUAGAAUUUUAACUCUUCUCAACUGAAAA